AUGCCGCAAAAGUUGAAGGCGGUGUUCGUCUUCACGUUAUUCCUAUGUGCUAGCGCCAAAAAGCACAAGAGUAGCAGCGAAGAGGAGGAAACUAGUACAUCAGCGAGUGAAAAAAUGGUUGACCGAUUAGCUGUCAACCUAGCAGGUGCUUUUGUCAAAUCGAUGUUUCCUGAAAUUGAUCGUCAAGAAAAAAAGGCCACAGAGGUAAGACGAGCCCCUGCUUCACCGCUGCACCCAACUAUGGAGAAUUAUUCGGCAAUGCAAGUCGCCCAGGAUUACAAUGCUAUACCACAAAUGAUACAGGCAGGUGGUCAGAAUUCCGGCGUUUACCCGUCGCAGACUUCCUACUUGCCAAGUAUGCAGCAGUCAAGCAGCUCUAGUCAAAUGAUGGGCAGUAGCGGAAUGGGAAACCUAUUGGGAAGUGCGAUGGGAAGCGGUAUGUCGCAAUCAGGAAUGAACCUGCCUGCUAUGCCACUUCUGCUCAGUGGUGAAAAUGGUACACCUGAAGCCUUGAAUACUCUGCGUAACCAGCAGUACCUUGCCCAACUUGCUCGUCAUCAGUCCGAGUUAACUCGAUACAACGCGAAACAGUUGGAAUAUCUCGAUCAGCAACGUCGUUACCAACAAUCAAUGAUUGAUCAUCAAGCUGGAGCAGCGCUUCUCAUGCAGAAACAACAACAAGACAUUAUAAAUGAGCAGCUAAAGCAGGUCCAGUCAGCCUUCGGAAAAACCGAAACACUUGGAAACGACAACACCGUUGGAGGACGGGUUUGUUUGUAA